AUGUUAUCAAAACUGUACUUCCAAAAAAGUGAAUACCAGGAAGCACAAGCAGUCCUCAAAAUUGCACUCUGCGUUUACAAACAAAUCGAAGACAAAGACGGAGAAGCGACAUGCUACGUAAACCUAGGAGCUGUGUUUCAAUCUGUCGGAGAAUAUGCCAGUGGUGCAGAAUAUCUUCAUAAAGCACUUACCAUCAACACAGAAAUUGGCGACAGACAGGGAGAAGCGACAUGCUACGGAAACCUAGGAAAUGUGUUUAAAUCUGUCGAAGAAUAUGCCAAUGCUGCAGAAUAUCUUCAUAAAGCACUUACCAUCAACACAGAAAUUGCCGACAGAAACGGAGAAGCGACAUGCUACGGAAACCUAGGAGCUGUGUUUGUAAAUGUAGGAGAAUAUGGCAAGGCUGAAGAAUAUCUUCAUAAAGCACUUACCAUCAGCACAGAAACUGGCGACAGAGAGGGAGAAACGACAUGCUACGGAAACGUAGGAGUUGUGUUUAAAUCUGUCGGAGAAUAUGCCAAGGCUGAAGAAUAUCUUCAUAAAGCACUUACCAUCAAGACAGAAAUUGGCAACGGAGUGGGAGAAGCGUCAUGCUACGUUAACCUAGGAAAUAUGUUUCAAUCUGUCGGAGAAUAUGCCAAGGCUGAAGAAUAUCUUCAUAAAGCACUUACCAUCAAGACAGAAGUUGGCAACAGAGUGGGAGAAGCGACAUGCUACGGAAACCUAGGAAAUGUGUUUGAAUCUGUCGGAGAAUAUGCCAAGGCUGAAGAAUAUCUUCAUAAAGCACUUACCAUCAACACAGAAAUUGGCCACAGAAAAGGAGAAGCGAGAUGCUACGGAACCCUAGGAAAGGUGUUUCAAUCUGUCGGAGAAUAUGCCAAGGCUGAAGAAUAUCUUCAUAAAGCAUUUACCAUCAGCACAGAAAUUGGCGACAGAGACGGAGAAGCGUCAUGCUACGGAAACCUGGGAAAGGUGUAUCAAUCUGUCGGAGAAUAUCGCAAGGCUGAAGAAUAUCUUCAUAAAGCACUUACCAUCAACACACAAAUUAGCAACAGAAACGGAGAAGCGUCAUGCUACGGAAAGCUAGGAGCUCUGUUUGUACAUGUAGGAGAAUAUGGCAAGGCUGAAGAAAAUCUUCAUACAGCACUUACCACCAACACAGAAAUUGGCGACAAAGACGGAGAAGCGUCUCGCUACCUAAAGCUAGGAAACACAUCUCAAGCCUUAUCGGAUCUCUGGUCAAGCAUUCAAAUUUACGAAAAAAUGCUUACUUCUCUAGGAAGCAAAGAUAGCCACAAUAUAUCAUUUUUUGACAAGAACGCGUCUCCCUAUCGGCUGUUUUGUUCAUUGAGUUGUUCUUGUGGGAAACCCUAUGAAGCUUUACACGCUGCUGAACUUGGACGGGCCAGAGCUCUAGCAGAACUUAUGUCAAAUCGCUACUCCAUUGAAAAAGAAAUAUCCAUCAACCCACAAUCGUUUGUUGGCAUCGCGGAAGUAAUUAAGAAAAAUGGCAACAGCACCUGCCUCUACAUCUCCUAUGACUACGAUGACAACAUAUUUUUGUGGGUUUUGAAACAAAACAAACCGGUAGCUUUCCGAAGAACGAAACUUUGUGAAAGCUAUGUUAGCAAGCAUGGCAAAAUCUCUGUGCAUGACCUGUUUGGAAACGAAAGCUUAUUAAGAAAAUUUCACGUUUUACCUCAAGAGCAAUGCGAAGACCGAUCACUCUUCUCUUCAUUCGCCAACCAACUUACAAACGGAUCAAAUCUGGAAGAUAGUCUCUCAACCUUGCGUCCUCUUUUAGAUGAGGGAGAAGUAUACACGGACCCUGAACCGCCAACACUUUUUCAGGUUUACAACAUGUUGAUUGCUCCCGUGAGUGACUUGCUUGAAGGAUCUGAAAUCAUUGUUGUUCCUGAUCGCUGCUUCUUCCAAGUUCCGUUUGCAGCAUUACACGAUGAAAGUAGCCGCUAUUUAUCAGAUUCUUUCAGGAUACGAAUUGUCCCUUCUUUGACGACUCUCAAGCUCAUUCUGGACAGUCCAGCCGACUCUCACAGCGAAACUGGUGCAUUGAUUGUGGGUGAGCCAAGAGUGACGGAUGUGUAUUUCAAGGGAGUGUUAAGGUAUCUCUGUCCAUUGCCUGGCGCGAAAGGGGAAGCAGAGAUGAUUGCGAGACUACUACCUGAAUCUCACCUUUUAAUAGGAGAGCAAGCAACAAAGCGGGCGGUUCUUCAGAGAAUACCCUCAGUGAGCCUCGUACAUUUCGCUGCUCAUGGUGAUGCCGAAAGAGGAGAAAUUGCUCUUACCCCCGCUGACUCCACAGUGGAGUUUCCACACGAAGCAGACUACUUACUGUCAAUGACCGACAUUUCACAAGUUAGACUGUCAGCCAAACUGGUGGUCCUCAGUUGUUGCCAUACCGCACGUGGACAGAUCAAAACAGAAGGCGUUGUUGGAAUCGCUCGAGCAUUCUUAGGAUCGGGUGCACGCUCAGUGUUGGUGGCAUUGUGGGCCUUACAAGACAGAACAACAGAGGAGUUCAUGGGACGAUUCUUCGAAAACCUUGUCCAAGGGAAAAGUGCAAGCGAAAGUCUUCACCGGGCCAUGAAGUGGAUGCGAAAUAACGGUUUCUCAGAAGUGAGGCAGUGGGCACCUUUCAUGCUGAUUGGGGAUGACGUGUCAUUUCACUUUGGUGAAGAAAAGUGA